GAUUGACGUGGAUCGGAGCAGGAAGCCAGCAGUGACAUCACUUUCCAGAAGUCCCCUUCAGGUUUCAGACAAGCGACGAAGACGCAGCCAAAUAAAGGGAGAGCGCUAGUCUCCGGGAGUCCUGUUGGUUCGAGUUGAUAUCCGCACAGACACUGAACAGAAUGUCUCUGUAUCCAUCCCUGGAAGACCUCAAGGUCGACAAGGUCAUCAAGGCUCAGGCCCAGUUUGCACAGAGCACCGCCCCCAUGCCGGCCAUCACUGAGGGAACCUACCAGCCUCAGCCUGUUACUGCUGGGAUGCCAGGAUCCAGUUUGUACCCUAAUCUGGAUGAGCUGGGAGAUUACAUGGGUCUGGCCCUCAACAGCGAUGAAGUCCAGAGGAACCUGGCUCUUGUUCCUGUAGCCGACAAUCAGGUGGCGCUGCCCUCCAGCUCCGGUGUGGGGGCGAUGGUCCGCCCUGUGACGGGAACAGACAUGGGCAUCAGGAGGGCCGAGAUCCGUCCCGGCCUUCGAGAGAUCAUCCUCUGCAAGGACCAGGAUGGGAAGGUCGGGCUCCGGCUGAGGGCCAUCGACAACGGGCUGUUCGUCCAGCUGGUCCAGGCCAACUCCCCUGCCGCCCUGGCUGGGCUGCGCUUCGGCGAUCAGGUUCUUCAGAUCAACGGACAGAACUGCGCUGGCUGGAGCACAGAUAAGGCCCACAAGGCUCUUAAAGCUGCGGCGGAGACCCGCAUUGAGAUGGUGGUCAGGGACAGACCUUUUCAGCGCACCAUCACCAUGCACAAAGACAGCUCAGGACAUGUGGGCUUCAUCUACAAGUCUGGAAAAAUCACCUCCCUGGUCAAAGAUGGCUCUGCUGCUCGCAACGGCCUGCUAACCGAACAUUACAUCUGUGAAAUCAACGGACAGAAUGUCAUCGGACUCAAGGACUCUCAGAUUAAGGACAUUCUGAACACUUCCCCCACUACCAUGACCAUCACCGUCAUGCCCAAGUUAAUCUAUGAACACAUGAUAAAGAGGAUGUCCACCGGCCUGCUGCGAUCUGCCAUGGACCACUCCGUCCCUGAGGUGUGAGGACCGUCAGCCAAGCUGAAAACCGUCACCAUCUCUACAGAAUAGUUCCUCUUGUCAUUUUUAACAGUUUUUUCUUCUGUCUUCAUACCAAGAAGCCUUCAACUUCACAUUACAAUUGUUUUCCUUCAUUACCUGUAACAUAUUCUUAAAAAAAAACCUUUUUUACUCUUCACUUUUCUACAUUUUAUCAUUAGUACUGUCUAUAUGUUAACUUAGUAGUCUGAUAUGUAGUACACAUCUGUUUUUCUUUUUUUUAUUUUUUAUUCAGGAUUAGGACUAUAGAGUAAGUUUUUUUUCUUGUCUUUAAAAAGAAACAUGCACAAACUAUCAUGAGUCCAGAUCUUCCUCCUCAAUAUGGAGCUAAGUCGGUGACACUUCAUCCUUUCCUAAAUGCUGUAGAAGUUGAUCGGCAGCCAUGCGGAUAGUAGAUGUAGUCUCUGCACACCUUUUUUUUCUGUAAAUAAUCCAAUCUGAACUAACACCUGGGCUCUCCAAACCCAAAAUAAACUAAUCUCAGUGUACAGCCAUAUAUCGGGGGCCAGUAGGAGUGGUUUGUUUUUAACUUCCUCUCAUUUAAUGGUGAGAAUCAGGUUUCAGUCAAACAUUGUGAGUGUUAGCAUUUUUUAAAAAUUAUUAUUCCUAUUAAUUUGCUGUUCUGAGAUUCAGUCUGAAUGCAGCAGUUUUCCAUAUUGUCCAGAAGGUGGCGACCUAGAACAACACAGUUCCAGCCUCUGAUGCGCUGCAGCUGCAACAAACACUGUGCAUAUUCCAGGGGGAACUGUUGGGAAAAGAAACAAUGUUUGGAGGACUGACUAUAUCAGAUGAGGGAAAUAAAAUAAUUAUCUUAAUAUUAUUGUGGUUGCCUGUCAAGAGGAGGUAAAGCGUUGUAUGGUCUUGUGUUUCAUGAGGAAAUGGCUGAUAUUAUUUCAUUGGGGGCCCUGAGCCGGGCCCGCCCACUAAGUGCACUUUUCAUUACCUUUAUCAGAGUUUUUUUCUCCUGUAUUAUCCAUUUCAUCUUUUUUAAUCUUUGUGGUGCCUCGUGUUAACCAGACAACUCAUACAAAAAAAUAAUCCGAUUCGGUCCAUCAGACAGGACUUCCUGCUGUCCUCUGCUGCGUCUUGUCUCACGACCGAUGAACACACCGACCUUACACUUGUAAAUUCCCACAUGUUCCUCCUUUUAUUGCUGUUCAUUUUCGGGAUGCAUGACUCUUUAAUUUUCUCCGUAUGCAAUCUGAUAAAAAAACAAAAAAUGCUGUCAUUCUGUAAAAAAAAUUACAAAAAUCUAAAAGUUUAUAUACAUAUGUAACCAAGAUAAUAUUGUAAAACUGAAUAAAGUCUUUUCUGUUCA